CGAGCUUCCUCGUUUAGGUGCAAUAUCUCUAGCUUUGAACUCGUAUCUCUCUCCAGGAGUUGGGAGUCAUAGGAGAUGGCUGAGAAAAGAGUCUUCACUCUCUCCCAAGUCGCCCAGCACAAGUCCAGGAAGGAUUGCUGGUUCGUCAUCAACGGCCGGGUGCUUAACGUGACAAGCUUCUUGGAGGAACACCCAGGGGGAGAGGAGGUGUUGUUGGAGUUAGCAGGGAAAGAUGCGAGCAAGGCUUUUGAAGACAUUGGCCACAGCAAAGCAGCUCAGACCCUGCUCUUGAAGUACCAGGUGGGUGUUCUCGAAGGCCACACUGUCCAGGACCAGGAUGCUGACAAGUAUGCUGCUCCAAAAGAGGCCAAAAAGGAGGGCAUGAGCGCUUUCGUCGUGAAAGAUGCCCCGGUUCACAAGUUUGCAGCCGUCAUCGAGCUCGUUGUCCCUCUCCUGGUCGCCGGCUCCUACUUCGCCUACAGAUACACCACCGCCGUCGCCAGCCACAUGUGAUUCCAGGACCAGUUUUAAUUUGUCCCAGAUUCUCAGUCCGACUCUGAACUCUUGUAUCAUGUUACUUUUCAGAAUAAAAGCCGUUUAAACCCAAAAAGUGAUGGGAGUUCAAAGCCUAA